AUGGCUGUCGAAAUGUCUGCCGCUGAGGCACGUGCCAAGCUGGCUUACCAGAACAGAUGGAAGACCAUCGCCUCCAACCCCAAGAUUGUUGUUAUUGCUCUGUUUGCUUCAUUCGGUGGAUUCGAGUAUGGCUACCAACAGGGUGUUCUCGGCCAGUCCCUUGUCAUGACGCGCUUCAAGGACAACUUCCCUUCCGUCGUCAACUCUUCCAGCGCCACGGGCUGGUUGACCUCCAUCCUCCAGCUCGGAGGUAUUCUGGGCUCCGUCACCGCCGGUGUCUUUGGCGAGGUUUUCUCCAGAAAGUACACCAUGUUCUCCGCCUGUCUCUGGGUCGUGCUCGGCAGCUACCUUUACACCGGUGCAAGCUACCACAAGCCUGAGCUCCUCUAUGCGGGUAGAUUCUUCACUGGUGUCGGUGUCGGAACCUUCAGUGGUGUUGGUCCCCUUUACAACGCCGAGUUGGCAGCCCCCGAGAUGCGUGGAUUUAUCGUUUCCUUCUACCAGUUCGCCACCAUUCUGGGUAUUAUGCUCAGUUUCUGGAUCGGUUAUGGCAGCAACUACAUCGGCGGCACUGGCAUUGACCAGUCUGACCUCGCCUGGAGACUUCCCUCUUACAUCCAGGGUGUCCCCGCCGCCCUCCUCGCUCUCGGCAUCUGGUGGCUCCCCUUCUCUCCUCGCUGGCUCGUCAAGCAGGGCCGUGAUGAGGAGGCCGUCAACACCAUUGCCUACCUCCGCAAGCUCGACGUCAACAGCGACCUUGUCCAGAUUGAGUUCAAGGAGAUCAAGGCCGAGGCUCUCUUCGAGCAGCGUGCUUUCCAGAAAGCGUUCCCCCAGCUCGCCGAGAAGGAGAAGACCAGCGUGUGGAUGCGCGAGGUCGCUCAAUACUGGCAGAUCCUGCGUUCUUGGUCCCACUUCAAGCGUGUGGCUACCGCAUGGUUGGUGAUGUUCUGGCAGCAAUGGUCCGGUAUUGAUGCCAUCAUCUACUACGCUUCCAACGUUUUCCAGAGCCUGGGUCUUACUGGCGGUACCACCGCCUUGCUUGCCACUGGUGUCACUGGUGUCGUCUUCUUCGUUUCCACCCUCCCCGCCAUGGCCAUUAUCGACAAGGUCGGACGUAAGCCCAUCUUGAUUGUCAGCUCAAUUGUCAUGUUGAUCUCCAUGGUCAUCCCCGCCAUCAUCGUCGCCAAGUUCAGCCACGACUGGCCCGGCCACCCGGUUGAGGGUUGGGUUGCGGUUGCUUUCAUUUGGAUCUACAUUGCUGGUUUCGGAGCUGGUUGGGGUCCCGUCUCCUGGACGCUCGUCAGUGAGAUCUUCCCCCUUUCUAUUCGCGCCAAGGGUGCCUCCAUCGGUGCCUCCAGCAACUGGCUCAACAACUUCGCCGUCGCUUUCUACGUCCCCUCCAUGCUUGAGGCCUGGAAGUGGGGUACCUACCUCUUCUUCGCCGUCUUCUUGGGCUGUGGUAUCCUCUGGGUUCACUUCUGCCUGCCCGAGACCAAGGGUGCUACGCUCGAGGAGAUGGACCGCGUUUUCGGCAGCAACACUGGUGCCGAGGAUGGCAUCAUGCUCGAGCAAGCGAGACGCGAUGUCGGUCUCACAGAGGACUUGGAGGAGAGCGCCAUCGCGGAGAAGAAGGGUCUGGAUGAUAGCCAGCACGAGACUGUCUAA